AGGAGAACCUGAAGAAAAUGUGGAAGUCUGGCUGUACCAAACAAAGAAUAUUUUAUACACACAAGGAGUCAAAAAAGAUGAACAAAUGGUUCACUAUACCACCCUCUAUUGGUUUGUCAACAAAGUCAAGGAUUCUGUUACUGCCGCUUUUACUGGAUAG